AUGUUUCAUACGGUUGAAGAGAUUAAAGAUAUAAUACCAAGCAUGUAAAAGGAGUUUUUGCAACUAUUAGAACCUGUUGUCUUCAAAGAAAGUUAAUUUAUAACACAAUACGAUAAAGAAAAAUAACCAUUAUUCAUUUUGGUUGAAGGCCAUAUACAAUUCUUUUAGACUCAGCUUGAAUCAGAAAUCCAAAAGUAUUUAUAACUCCAUAGGCUUUAUGAUGCCGGUUCAAUUGAUGAGAUUUCUUUGAAGGAAGCAAAAUAAAACAUGCUCAUGAAGGAUAAAGACAUUACAAUAUUGUUUAAGGCAGGUGAAUUCUUCGGAUAUCAUAAUAUUAUAUCUGAAUUAGAAGAGAAAAGAGGUUAUGCAUUGACAAAAACAUAGGUCAAAUGUCUCAUGAUUCCCUACGAAAAUCUAAGGAGAUUUGUAAUGAAAAUGUAUAACUCCCCAGAGUAUGUUGAAAAAUUUGAUUUUAUUGGUGAUUCAAUACCUUAACUAUCCAAAGUAUCAAGGAUCACUAGGGAUAGAGUAACAAAAUGCUUUAAAGUUGAGAAGUUUCCUCCAGGUCAUAUCUUAUUCAAAGAAGGCGAGCAUCUUAAAUAGGCCUAUAUUUUGAAGAGUGGAGAAGUAGAGUUACUUUCUAAUAAAAACUUCAAAUUCAUUAAACUCAUUCAAAAACUUUAGCCUGAUGAUUAUGUUGAUGAAAAGAUGAUAUUCCAAAAGCUACUAUCAAAAAGCUUAAAAGAUCCUUCAAAGUAAACUAUUAUUGAUAUGUAUUACAAAAAUACCGAAGAUAAUUUUGUUUUGUAACUAAAGGAGUCUGGCUAGUGGAUUGGUGAGGAAGGUAUACUUACAAAGGACAGGAAAGGCCAUCCUACAGUGGAAGACCUAUUCAAUAAAUAAAACUUUAAUGUAGAGGUAUUAUAUUCAGCUAUUUGCAAAACCUAAUGCGAGGUUUAUGUAAUUAAGAGACUAGAUUUUAUCACAAAAAUGCCAAAAGAUAUAUAGAGAUAGUUGAACAAAAUUGUUUAAUAAAGGCAGAGAUUCUUUUAUGAGAGAAUGCAGAGCAUAGCAUAAACAAGAGAUGAGCUAGAAAAAUCUAAUGAUUCAUUCAUGAUUCAUAGUGCAACAGAGUAGCACUUAUUUAGGAAAAAUCCAAAAGCUAUUUACCCAGCUAUCAGCUCUUUCAAGAAUCAAGUUUUAAAUAGUUGCAAAAAGUAGCAAAUGACAACAUUUUCAGACGUAUCUAAAGUACUAAUUAAGAAAUCAUUUACCCCUUGA